GUUUUUUAAUUGUACCUAUUACCUACGGAGUACAGGCUACAAUUAGGAUGCUACUAUUUACUUUUGGGUAGUACUAAACAGUACGAGUUUGAUGCAAAUGUCGGCUUCAGGCGACUAUUGGUCGUUCUGUCUCGAGACGAUCAACCCAAUGCAAGAUGUACGUGCUGGACUGGUACGUGAGGUGGGGUCGUUAGUGACAUGGUCGGUGUCAUCAUGUAAAUCUGGUUUUGGUGUGAAUCACUUAAGAGAUGACAGUAUAGAAACAUAUUGGCAGUCAUGCGGACCACUUCCACAUUUAGUUAAUAUUCAAUUUAGACGUAAAACUGUUGUGAGUGAUAUAUACAUAUAUGUUAACCAUAGACUUGAUGAAAGCUAUACACCAAAUAUCAUAUCAGUCCGCACAGGUACAAAUUUUAAUGACUUACAGGAGGUUGAGUUAGUUGAACUGUGUGAACCAUAUAGUUGGAUAAGGAUAAAGAUAAAAGAUAUAUGUAAUUUAUCAUUGAAAACCCAUUUACUGCAAAUAGCAGUUUUAAAAAAUCAUCAAAAUGGAAAUAACUGUCAUAUUAGACUAAUUAAAAUACAUUCACCUGUUUCUACUAAAGAUUUUCUUCUGGGCAAUUUUAGCACUGUAGAAAUGCGACAAUAUACAACUAUAAAAUAAAUUUUUUAAACUUUCUAUUAAGUACAUUCUAAGUCAUUAAAUUACCCAUAUUAAAAUUCAUGAAUAAUAAUAAUAAUAAAUAUAAUUUAAAAUUAAUUUAUAUCAGACUUCAUGAUAAAUAAUAUUGCAAAAAUGUUCUCAUUUCAACAAAAGUUACAAAAUAACUGACAAUCCUUAACCGAGACUUAAAAUAAAUUAGUGUAGACGCCAUAAUAUCACAGAUUAUAUAAAUAUGUGUUAAUAUAAAAUAUAUUAACACAUUGGUACACAACAGUAUUUUUUAUCUGUCCUUUUGUGUAUUAUAGUUAA